AAAAUGAGGCCGUCAUUUCUCUACCUACGCCGAACAGCGCCGCUUGCCAUCCCGGAGACGCGCACGGCGACCCGUCAGGUCGCCCACUUAGCACGUCAGUCGCGCUGGGUCUGUCUGUCACCGGCGCGGCCUUAUAACACCGCGCGGGGAGUCUGCGUCACCACAGCCUCUGCUCCGCUCUGCUGCCGGCUACAGGAUGCUCGCGCUGACCCUGCUCGUGACCGCGCUGGUCGGCCUGGCCUCCGGCCGGCCCAACAACGUGCGCACGAGCGUGGUGGCCUCGCAGACGGACUGGACGCGCGGCGGCUCGUCGCAAGUGUCCCAGGCCCAGGGCCAGGCGGCGGCCAACUCGAUCGGCGUGCAGACGGCGCCCGGCUUCAACCAGCGCGACGACCGGGCCGCCAACGCCGCCAUCGCGCUCCAGGGUGCGUCUGUCGGUAACGGCGACGUCAGCCAGGCGGGCGGCGUGACCAGUGAGACGCAGGGCCGGCUCGGCAACAUCGGCACCCUGACCACCUCCGUCAGCAACGGCCGGUUCAACAACGCGGCGGCCACGGCGGCGCUGUCCGGCGGCGCGGCGGCCGCCCAGCAGGUCAGCCAGGCGGGCAACCUGGUGGCCGGCGGCCGGACGGUCGGCCAGCGCGGCGCCAACCUCAACCUGGCCACCGCCGGCUCCGUCAGCACGCAGACGGGCUCCCGCGGCACCGGCGCCUUCGGCAACACGAACGCCGUGCAGACGAACGCCGAGCACGUGGGCCCGCUGCCGGCGGCCGGUCUGCCCGCCGCGCCCGGCGUCAUCCUGCAGGGCGUCGGCACGCCGGCCCUCGGCAACCUGCGCACCACGCCGCCGCCGCCGCCCAUGCCCAUGAUGAUGAUGAGAGGCCGGGGCGGCCACAGGGACUAGACCAGCCGGGCAGCUUAGGUAAACAUACCUAUAACACAUCGGCGGGCUCCAGCUAGACUGAUACGCUCAACGACGGAAAGGAUCGCGUGCGAGAGAUUUACGGUAAACGUAGGUAAAUAAAAUUUGCUAAGAACAUUUGA